AGCAGCGGUAGGGGGCGCACUCCCCUCCGCCGAUACGUGUCCAGGCCACGCUAACGCCACAAGCCUGCACGUCACUUCCGCUUUCGGUGGCUUCCGCGGAGUGUGGUGAUUUCUUGUUUCCGGUCUGUGCCGUGGUGGCGCGGCUCGGUGACGCCCGUUGGCUGCGCCGUCCUGGCCGGCGUGUGCCGUGCGCGGGGAGGUCGCGGUUUCUCACUGCCUACUGGGGAUGGGGCCGCAUUUGGGUCUGGUGGUGAGGCAGCUCCCCAGAUUGAAGCCAUUCAACAGAUUACAAAUAAUACUACAGCACUUGAAUAUGUCCAAACACACAGAUUCUGCAGCUGAAGUGUUAUUGGAAAAGAAAGGAUGUGCUGGAGUCAUAACUAUGAAUAGACCAAAGGCUCUAAAUGCAUUAAAUCUUUCCAUGAUUCGACAGAUUUAUCCACAAUUAAAGACAUGGGAGAAAGACCCUGAAACCUUUCUAAUAAUUAUAAAGGGAACUGGAGGAAAGGCUUUCUGUGCAGGGGGUGAUAUCAGAGCUGUCACAGAUGCAGGAAAAGUUGGAGAUAGGCUAGCACAAGAUUUCUUCAGAGAAGAAUACAUCCUGAACAAUGCUGUUGGUACCUGCCAGAAGCCGUACGUGGCACUUAUUGAUGGGAUUACAAUGGGAGGUGGUGUUGGUCUGUCGGUCCAUGGACACUUUCGAGUGGCUACUGAGAAGACACUUUUUGCAAUGCCAGAGACAGCAAUAGGCCUUUUUCCUGAUGUAGGUGGAGGCUACUUCUUGCCAAGACUUUCAGGAAAGAUUGGCUAUUACCUUGCUCUUACAGGAUUUAGACUGAAAGGAAGAGAUUUGCAAAAAGCAGGAAUUGCUACACACUUUGUAGAAUCAGAAAAGCUGCCCGCACUAGAGGAAGAUUUGAUAGCACUAAAAUCUCCUUCUAAAGAAAAUGUUGCCGAUGUACUGAACUCAUAUCACAUGAAGUGCAAAAUUGAUCAAGAGAAGCAGUUUGUACUUGAUGAACAUAUGGACAAGAUUAACAGUCUGUUUUCAGCAAGCUGCAUGGAGGAAAUCAUUCAAAAUUUGAAGCAGGAUGGUUCUCCUUUUGCUCUUAAGCAGCUAGAGACAAUUAAUAAAAUGUCACCUACGUCCUUAAAAAUGACUUUGAGACAGCUUAGAGAAGGAGCUUCCAUGAACUUGCAAGAUGUAUUAACUAUGGAAUACAGACUGAGCCAGGCAUGCAUGAGUGGCCAUGACUUCUAUGAAGGUGUUCGAGCAGUGCUGAUUGACAAAGACCAAGUUCCAAAGUGGAAGCCAGCUACCUUAGAAGAAGUAACAGAUGAAUUUGUGGAAAAUUGCUUUAAGUCACUGGGAAACAGCGAUCUCAAAUUAUAAUGAUGGUGUACAAGCCUAUCAAGGUUGUAUUCAUCUGUAUAAUUCUAGAAUAGAAAAAAUUAAUAAUGAUGCAGAGACUUUGAUGAAGGAGGUAUGGUAACACUCUUGUGUCUAAUCUGCUUGAGAUGCAUAGUCCGUAGCUUUUACUGCGUCUGUAGUACCAUAAGGAGAAAACUGAAUCAGGGGAAUAAACUACUUUAAGAAAAAGCCUUUUAGUAAUUGCUAUUAUGUAAUAAAGAACAUUUGAUUUUUGGAGACAUCUGUUAGUUUAGUGGGGCGAUGCUGAGGUGGCGGCCUGGUUCAGCGAAUAAUAUAUUGGUCUGGGAGUCAGGAGAUCUGGGUAUUCCAGGGUCUAUCACUGAUCCACUACAUUGGUUCUGUGCCUCAGUUUCUCCUUUAUAAAGUGUAGAUAAAAAUAUUUAACUUCAUAAAGCACUCAGAGCUACGGGUGAAAAUGCUGUGUAUGUGUACACACACACACACACGGUCUAAGUGCUUGGUAGUGGGUAGUAUUUUCAAUAAUACCAAAGUAAACAGACAAUUCUAAUAACUUCUUGGGUUGACAACAAGAAGUUGCUAUGCUACUGAUUUAGCAUCAGGUCAGUAUUAUGACCUAGUAUUUGAUAGAACUUCAUUGUCUGGAAUGGCAAUCCAGUUUUACAGAUGAAAUUGCCAGCCAACCUAGCGUAUGAAUAAUAUUUUACAGAGCUGACCAGUGUUAACUGUAUUUUUAAUACAACUGCCAUUUACCACACUUUAGGUUAUUUUUACAGUUUAAUCUCUAUAAAGAUAACUCUGCAUAACAAGGAAUUUACCUUAACUUGAUAAAUCACUAGUGAACUUUCCCUGGUUUUGUGAUGACAGUUGAAUUCAGGGGUGGAAUAAUUGCCUCUAAGUGUGGUGAACAUUGAGGGCCAAAUUCACUGUGUCAGCAGCUGCAGCUCUGUUAACUUUAGUCAUGCACAGAUGAACUUGACAAUGCAUGUCUGCAGUUUAGCUGUACUGACCAAUAAGCAAUAAUUCUGUCACUACUUCACAGGUGUAGAAGGGUCACAUGCAGCCUAACGAAGAAGAUCUAUUGCAUGGGGGCAAGGGCAGGAUUUGUGGAGGCUAUGAAGGGGGUGCACUCCCCUAAGUGGUGCGUGCUUAGAGCAUGUGAGCAGAGGGACUGGAGAAUACAUUGCUAUAAGGAUCCUCAAGUCGAGUGGUUUUCAACCUUUUUUCAUUUACAGACCCCUACAAAAUUUCAAAUGGAGGUGUGGAGCCCUUUGGAAAACUUAGACAUAGUCUGCAGACCCCUAGGGGUCAUGGACCACAAUUGAAAACCACUGACCUAGUCCAUUCCCUCAACUAGUGGAUGUGGGGAAUGUGUGGGUAGGCUUAGAAGCCUACUCCAGUCCUUAGCCUGAAGUAUCAGCUGUAGAAUGGCUCUGCUCCUGUUGCACAUACAGGUUCUACUGAGUACUCCCCUGCUUAGCCCAGUUCCUGGGGCUGGAUGCAAAGGAAAUGAUACAAUGUAAACUAAGUGGCAGGAAAACCAAGUCUGCUGGCCAGGCCCAGUGGCUAGUGCACUUCUUGUCCGCAACGGCAACUGGAAAAAAGCUGAAGGUAAAGAUUGGAAAGACUCUAACAAAACCAUUAUUAAAAAUGACUGAAAACUGCUUUCUGGCUGCAACAUUCAUGCUCCAGAGCUCGUAUGUAAUUUUCACUUUCUUAACAAAAAGUAAAACUGGAGUUUAAGUUUCCCAUAUUUAAGAGCUUGAUUAGAAAGCCCCUGUCGGUGCUGCUAAAGCUGCAGCUAGUUUGACUAUUUCAACUUGAUAAUAGAAAAUGGGUGCAGAGGAGAAGGAAGGGGGAAAAAGGACCAGGAAACUUUUUUUAAACCAUCUAAUAAAAAACCCUCCUCAAAUGUGCAUUAAAGACAACUGUUCCGUCUCAGGCUUCUGCUCAUGUUAAUAAUGCCCUGAAGUUCCACAAAUAACAAGAGCCAAUGGAUGUAAUUAUAUCCUUAUUAUGUACAAUUAACAUUUCCACGAUUCUGUAGGUCGUACAUGGCCGCUGGUCUAUGUUCUGUUGUUCAAAAUGGAGACUGCUUUUUCUAGUUAGUUUGACAGGUUAAACUUCAGCGACUCUUUUUCCAGUUAUUUCUAUGGCAAUAGAAGAGGUCAUCACAAAUGUAAGUUUUUGACUCCUCUGAAGACUCCAGUCAAGAGGAGGAAAAUGAGCUGAAAGGGGAAGAGCUUUUAUUCAAACAAAUGUGUUCAGUAAUUGGCACCGCCAAAAUAAAAUAGAAUGACGAAGCAGAAAGAGACCGCAGAAUUGUUUACAAGGUGCUCAAAGGCGUGCAGCAAUUAGCCCUACACGGUACGUAUUUUAGGCAGCUAGUUGACCUGAAAUCUCUUGGUGCAAAUAAUUAAGGGAGAGAAAGAGAAAAGCACUGGUGUCUUGACUAUUCACUAAUAGCUCCUCUACUCAGUGGUCUCGCCUUUAAAGUGCGGUGGUAAAAUUUCAGUCCAGCUGCCAGUUAUUAAUGGUAAAAUUUUCAAAAGUGCAUGAGUACCAAGGCACUUUUGAAGCUUUUAUUCUUAAACAAAAAAAAACUUUAAAAUGAUUAUAAGCUCUGAAAUAACGAGGUAAGUUCUCAUUUAUGCAGCAGAAUUCUGUUUGUUCCAUUAUUCUUGUGCAAAAUGUAAUAGUCAUCUAUUAUGUGUUUAAUAAACGAGGCCAAGAGUUUGAGUUCCUUGAGGCGGGAAUCAUGCCUUCUCUGCUUGCAAAGUACAUAGCACACUGCUGGCACUGCAAGAUUUUAUAUGUAUAAAUUAAUAUACUCAGAACGGGAUGUAAUGUGUAUUUUAAUCAAAUAAAAACCUUACAAGCAA